UUACUGAUCCUGUCAGUGAGGCUGUAGCCCCUCCCACUCGGUAGUGCUGGUGCCGGUGCUGGAGAGGUGAGGCGGGAGAGCGGGAGGAGGCGGUAACCGGAGGCAAAAGGAAGCGGCGCCUUUGCGCUCAACAGCUGGAGAGACACCGGGUGACGGGAGUUGACAUCAGUAUGUCGCGAAAGAAGAGCCAGAAGAGUAAGGGCAGCAACUCCCCCGCUUCUUGUGGCAUCCCACCAGCCAAAGAGAAUGGCAAGGUGGGCUCUGAUGCCCACUCCAACGGAAUGGCGCUGUCCGGGCGCCCGUCUCUCAGCAACAGCGGGGAGUUUUAUGACAUCACUUUCAAGGUGAUGCUGGUGGGAGACUCUGGAGUGGGGAAGACAUGUCUCCUUGUGAGAUUCAAGGAUGGGGCAUUUCUGGCUGGAAGCUUCAUCUCCACUGUUGGGAUUGACUUUCGGAACAAGGUGUUAAAUGUAGAUGGAGUCAAAGUGAAACUACAGAUUUGGGACACCGCGGGGCAGGAAAGGUUCCGGAGUGUAACACACGCAUACUACAGAGAUGCACAUGCUUUACUCUUACUGUAUGAUGUGACCAACAAGAGUUCUUUUGACAACAUCCAGGCCUGGCUAACAGAGAUUCAUGAAUACGCACAGAAAGACGUGGUCAUUAUGCUCCUAGGAAAUAAGGUGGAUUCAACUCAUGAACGCGUGGUAAAGAUAGAGGAUGGAGAGCGUUUGGCCAAGGAAUAUGGAGUACCCUUCAUGGAGACCAGUGCCAAAAGCGGGUUAAAUGUGGACUUGGCGUUCAUUGCUAUUGCAAAAGAACUGAAGCACCGGUCUAUGAAGCUGCCCAACGAACCCAAAUUCAAACUUCACGACUACGUCAAAAAAGAAGUAAAGGGCUCAGGAUGCUGUAAAUCAUGAUCCUGCCUCACCCGUCGGAGCCAGAGGGGACGAGCCAUCCUACAAUUCCUGUACAGAGACUGAUGAGAGAGGUCGGCACCUCCACCAAUUGGGCUCCUCUCUGCGAGAGCCCCGCUUCAGCACAGACCCAUUCCUUGUGGAGAGUAUCUGUCUGUGCAUGUCUGUGUUUGUCAUUCUGUGAGGGUAGCAAUCUGAUGUGUUGAACAAAAGGACAUCUAAACCAGUUACAGUCCUGCGGCGCACAGGUUUCCGGAAGUUUACACACAACCCAGGGGAAAGCGGAUGGGUCCUAUAGGCAGGCCAGUGUUUUGUAAUAUGUGCAUGUAAUACAGGGCUAGGCUUCUGUGUAUAUUUACCUACAUUUCCUACCGCUGGAUCUUAACUAUACAGGGAUGGACACAACAGGAAUGUCCACAAUAACUAUGAAUGUAUUUCAUAUGACCACAAGAGCCCCUGCCAAUCAUUUCACUUGUGAUAACCAACUCGGUGAUUAAAGGAGAACUAAAGCCUAACUAAAGAAGUAGCUAGAAAUGUUGUACAUUAUGUUUUGUGCUUCUGUACCAGCCCAAGGCAACC